AUGGCCGACCCAGCCCCCGCCAUCGCGCAUCUCCGCACCAACUCAUGGGCAAACAACUUGAUCUCCUCGGCCGACUACACACCAAUCGAGACCGACUCCCGGCGGCUAAAGCCCACAACCGGUGAAGAUGGUUACUUCGCGCAAACCCUCAACACACCCUCCACAAUCCCUCACUGUCUGACUUUGCAACGUCGCAAUAUCACACCCGCACCUGCUGAAGUCCCCACCUGGCUACCCGCAACAAAACAAGAUGCCGCAUCCGCUGCAAAGCCCACCCCGGGCCUGAAUCCUGCGGAUAUCAUUAUGAUCUUCGAUCUUAGCAGCCCUGGUCUGUCCGGCCACCCAUCCACUGUGCAUGGCGGCCUUGUCGCGACGCUAAUUGACGAGGCCAUGUCCCUCGCUGUCGCAGCGCAUACCAAUGCGCCCACGGCACCCACUACGGCCGAGGAUAACCCGCGCGGGAAGAUCUUCACUGCACAACUAGACGUCAGGUAUAAAAAGCGGGUGGUUACGCCUGCUUUGCUGGUUGUCAAGGCGCGAGUUAUUGGGGGGGUCGGGAGGAAAUUCUGGGUGCGGGCGCAGGCGCUGCAGGAGGAUGAGGAGAGCGCUGGGGGACAUUUGGAGUGGGCUAAGAGGAAGGUUGUCAAGGCUGAUGCCAUGGCAUUUUGGAUUGAGACAUCUGACUCGAAGUUGUGA